CCACCGAACUAUCCCAGUGCGCGGUGCAUGCUGGGAGUGCGAUCCCCCGGCCAAUGGCGGCGCUCACCGACGCUUAAGUCGUUCUCUUUCUGAACCUGUACAUUUCUGUAUUGAAUGAACUAUAGACUUAACCGCAGCUACCGAAGAGGGGACAAUUGUUCGGGUUCCAAGCUUGGAGCUGUCGCCACUAAGCUGCGAUGAGACACUCUGAGGAGAAGCAGAGGAUGGUGACACAGGACUAUGUAGACAAUGAAGAGGCUGAAGUGGAACAGCUAAAGAAAAAGCUAAGGGCGCAGAGGCAUAGAAGAAAGAAAGCACUGACAGAUCACGAUGAGGAGAUACAAACAGAAGACCCAGUGGAAGAUCUCACCGCUACAGUCAGAGGGCAGCGGAGCCUUCCACCUUUAGCGGCUUCCACACCAGUGCCCAGUGCUGCUGAAGCUUCCAUGAGAGAGCGGCUCAGAGAAAGACUGAAAGCUGCAAGGUCUAAGGCAGAAAGUACUCUACAGGAUGAGUCCCCAGUUGUUUCGCCCCAAAGAUUACCUAAGUCUAAACAUGCAGAUUCAUUCAGAAGGUUUAAUGAAGAGGAUUCCUUUCAACUGGACAGGGUUAGAGAAGCUGAGACUGAGUUGACAUCAAGGGUCAGAUUUCGAGAGGCUGUAAAGACUGUACAGAAAAAGUCCCAGGCCCAGGAUGGAUACCCUAGUGCUGAGGAAUCCUACAACUUCUUCACAUUUGACUUUGAAACAGACAUGGAUAAUAAAAAACAUGAUGUGCCUGAAAAAGAAGAUGUCGAAGAAGGAGAGUCCUCGAUAAAACCCCUAGAAGAGGAAGACCAAGAGGAGGCAGAAAAUGGGAUGGGGGAAGAGGAGGAGUCGUUGGUUCCCGAGGAUGAUCUGUUUGUCAUUGAUCAGACUUUGAGGGAUUUUAUUGAGCUCUUGCCUGCUGAGUAUGAAGGCUAUCGUAAUCAAUUGCAGAAGGAACUGGACUGCUUUUUUAUUCCAAGCAUCCAACCAGUGCCAACCUCAAAAAAGGUACCAGAAAACAUGCAGCCAAGAUUCUUGGAAGAUGAGGGUCUGUACACUGGAGAGAGACCCAAAAUAACCCAAACCAAUCAGAACAUUCUUGAAAACAGAAUCCUACGGCAGGAAGAGAGUAAAAAGUGGUUUGGGGAUGAUGGCAAAAUUCUGGCAUUGGCUAACCCUAUAAAACAAUCAUCUACAAGACCUCCCAUAUUUUCCUUGCACGAAGGCAUAGAUCAAGCCCUGGAAACCAUAUAUGUAAAGGCAGGCCCACCAAAGGAAGAGAACAGGUAUGCAGUUGGAUCAGGAGAGUAUCAACUGGAUAUUGAUAUCUCAGGAAUUGUUUUUACGCAUCACCCUCUUUUUAGCCGGGAGCAUGUCCUGGCAUCAAAACUGGCACAGUUGUAUGAUCAGUAUCUUGGACGUAAACAAAAGAACCUCUCCGGUCUGUUGACAGACAAGCUUCAUGCUUUGAGGAAUGCUGUGCAGAACAUCUAUGGAAUCAGAGCAGCAAACAGCUCCAGGACGUUUGUUGAACAAAGUAUAUCUGAAUACAAACUGGAGAUCAGGCAAACAAGAAAGCUGCGGGACACAGAGCAACAGAAAGACCGAAUGCUUCUCAAGUCCAUCAUAAAAGUUUGGAAAGAAAUGAAGUCUCUUCGUGACUUUCAGAAGUUUACCAAUACAUCCAUGAAGCUCUUCUUGCGGAAGGAAGAUGUCAAUAAGAAAUCCGAUGAGGAGGCACACGAAGCUGAAAUCCAGGCCGAGAUACAAGAGCUGAUUGAAGAGUAUAUGGAAGACUACGAAAAAGAUAUGGUGCAAUAUAAAAGUGAUUUGCAGAAGUGGAAGUCAUGGAGGAAAGCACAGAAGCUGAAGAAAAAAAAGAAAAAAGAAGGUGCUGAUGAGGAAGAGGAAUUGGGUGCUAGCCAUACUGGAGAGGAGCUCCCCAAGCCUGUUCCCCCUGAAAUAAUAGACAAAAAAGAUGUUGAGCAACAGGUUCGAGAGAAGGCAGCUCACAUCAGAAGGAAACCUGGAGAACCUAUACUGAUACCAGAAAUGAAUCUGUCAGGAGCUGUGACACCCAAUGAGUUGUGCCCAAGGGUAGAAGUACAGAGGCGGGAGGACAUACAAAAACAUUCUUUGUUCAUUAGAAUCCUUUUCAACAAUAAAGAAGUUUCUAGAACAAUAGCAAAACGAUUGGGCUCAGACUUCAGAGUUCAUCUGGGCGAAAUAUUCAAUUUGCAAAUCUUCAAUUUGCCUGAAAGCAUAAAAUUGGAGAUAUAUGAAACAGUUCGGCAUGGUGCCACAACUCUGUUGGCAGAUGCAUUUAUUCCUAUCCCUGAAACCACAGUCCAUACUGGUAGAGCCCCUGUGGAGGAGAUUGAGUUUAGCAGUAACCAAAGAGUCAUGCAUGACCAUGAAGGAGUUGGCAGUGAUGUCCCGUUUUCAUUUGAAGCUGAUGGAAGUAAUAAAAUGAUUUUGAUGACCUCUGGAAAGGUAUCUUACGCUGCUUCUUGGGGUGUUGGAGACAAUGGAGUGCCUUUGGUUCCACCCAUUUUACAGUACAACACUGGCAUACAGAGAGCAUUUAAUAACAUGGAUGCAGUUGCGUCUAUAGGAGCAUCUGGUUUAACUGACAUGAAGAAACUGGCCAAAUGGGCAGCAGAAUCAAAGCUUGAUCCUAAUGACCCUAACAAUGCAGCUCUUAUGCAGCUGGUAAUGACCGCAAGCAAUGGGGAAGCAUCUGUUCCAGAAUUUUUCAGGCUGGAGCACUUACAAAAGGAGUUCAAUUUCACUUCAGAAGAAGAACUUAGAAGAUCAAAAAGAUUUAGACUUCUACAGCUUCGUAACCAGGAGGUUGCAGAAUUUCGCAAUUAUAAGCAAAUCCCAUUAAAGGACCGCGAGAUCCCUGAUAAGCUUUUCCAGGACUAUGAGAAGAAACUGCGGGAACAGGAUACUAUCACUGCAGAAAGCCAUUUAGAUAAGCACAGGGUCUUGGUGGCCAAGUACCUUCAAAGGGUUAGGGAAUCUGUGAUAAACCGAUUCCUCGUAGCCAAACAUCAUUUCAUUCUUUCCGAUUUAGUUAUUGAGGAGGAUAUCCCAAGUCUUGGAAUUCUAGGAAUGAGCCUAUUCAAACUGGCUGAACCUAAACGCCCCCUCAAGCCACGGCGGAAAGAGAGAAAAAAAGUCACUGCGCAGAACCUGUCUGAUGGCGACAUCAAGGUCUUGGUGAAUGUUAUCCGUGCUUAUGAUAUUCCUGUUAGAAAGCAGGUAACAAGCAAACCAGCACAACAACCAAGGUCUGCAAGAUCCUUCAAUGAAAUGUUCACAUCCGCUGCUUCACCUCAAGGCCAAACCCCAACUCCAGAGUCGACCGUUAACCAGGUCUUGGUCCGACCAUUUGUAGAAGUCUCAUUCCAGCGUACCGUCUGUCAGACCACAACGGCAGAUGGACCCAACCCCAACUGGAAUGAGGAACUCGUGCUUCCCUUUAGGGCUCCUAAUAGUGACUACAGCACGGCCAGUCUGCAGUCUGUGAAAGAUGAUGUGUUUAUCAAUGUCUUCGAUGAAGUGUCAUAUGAUAUUUUAGAAGAUGACAGGGAGAGAGGACAUGGAAUUCAUACACGGAUAGAGAGACACUGGUUGGGAUCUGUUCGUAUUCCUUUCACGACCAUCUAUUUUCAGGCAAGGAUUGAUGGGACAUUUUUAAUUGAAACUCCCCCGGUGCUUCUGGGCUACAGCAAACAGCGCAGCGCAGGCAUUGAAGGUGGAUAUGAUGCCACGCGAGGUCUGAGCCAAGGCUCUUUUCUAACACUGUUCAUCACCAUCGAGCCUCAACUUGUACCCGGAGAGCCUGUGAGAGAAAAGUUUGAAAGCCGUGAAGAUGAGAAGCUGCUGCAGGCUGCAGAGAAGUACCAAAGCGAGGGGGUGCAGAAGUACCCCAACCGCCAGUGCCUCACUACUGUGACAGAUAUCAACGGCACCACCGUUUUUGUAACUAGAUACAUCAAGCCUUUGAAUCCACCACAGGAACUUCUUGAUGCUCACCCAAAUAAUACUCAGGCCGCUUCCGAAUUGGUGGCGCACUAUGUUUCUCUUAUCCCAUUCCUGCCAGACAAUGUAUCGUUUGCUGGAAUCUGCAACCUAUGGAGUACAGCAGAUCAAUUCCUUGAUCUCCUGGCUGGGGACGAAGAGGAACACGCUGUCCUGUUGUGCAAUUACUUUCUGGCCAUGGGGAAGAAGGCAUGGCUCCUGAUCGGAAACGCAGUCCCUGAGGGACCAACUACAUAUGUGCUGACAUUGGAACAGAACCAGUACAUCAUAUGGAACCCGAGCACUGGAAGGUUUUAUGGCCAGUAUGACACAUUUUGCCCACUACAAAGUGUUGGGUGUCUGAUUAAUGCUGAUAAUAUUUGGUUUAACACGCAGCAGUACGACGCACCAGUGAGUAUGACCUUUGACACAAGCAGGACCAAUAUGUGGAAACCAUUCUUUUCCAGAAGUUACCCUCAUCCUGGGCUCUCGAGUGUUCAGCCAGAGGAGCUGAUGUACCAGCGUAUAGACAAGGCAGCGGCCGCUGAACUGCAAGACAGGAUUGAAAAGAUCCUAAAAGAAAAGAUCAUGGAGUGGAGACCGCGGCACCCCACUCGCUGGAACAGAUUCUGCACCUCGACCCUGCGCCACUUCCUGCCUCUGCUGGAGCUGAACCGAGGGCGGGAUGUAGAGGAAGAUCAUCGGGCAGAACUACAGAGGCAGCUCGGGGACUAUAGGUUUUCCGGCUUCCCCAUACAUAUGGCCUUCUCGGAGGUGAGACCGCUCAUAGAGGCAGUGUACAGUACAGGCGUUCAGAACAGUGAGGUGCCCAACGUGGAGUUUGCACUGGCAGUUUAUGUUCAUCCCUAUCCAAAGAACAUCUAUUCGGUGUGGGUGUAUGUUGCCUCCCUUGUUCGAAACCGAUGAGGCUGAAAUAAGUCUGCAACAUCUUAUUAUUGGGCUAGAACAUUGCUUUGGCUUCAUGUGUGGCCUGGGGUGAUAAUGUUGCACAGAGUGAGAGGCAGCCAAGCUUUAUGGGCCUUUAGCACAGGGUGUCCAGAUACAGCUAUAUGCCUACAUACCCCUGUACUGCCUCCGGGUCCAAACAGAUCAAAUAAGGAUUUCCAGCUCCUUGUAGCCAAAAAGCAAAACCCACGGGCGCAACCUCUGUGGCCACGAACAGCUGACUGCAAACGUCCUAAUCACUAAAGUCAUAACAGUGUAAGAUUCUUAUAUCUCAUUCAUUUGUUGAGCUAUUGAGGCUAAUAACUUAUUUUGGAGUGUUGUCAUUCACAGAUGUAUAUGAAUGUAUUUACAGUGUGUUUAUUGUACAUAAUGUAUGUAUGUGACUAUUUUAUACAUUUAUAGUAUAAAUAUUAAUAAAAAAAAAUCAAUCAUA